AUGGCCACCGACUACGAGAAGCAGAGUUACUGGCACGACCGGUUUGCCUCCGAGACCUCGUUCGAGUGGCUCGUGACAUCUAAACAGUUCAUCUCCGUCAUCGAGCCUCAUCUGGCCCGGCAGCCUCUGUCAAGCCAUAUUCUACAUCUUGGUUCCGGCACCAGCGACCUACACAAUCACUUCCGUUCCCGCGGACUGCUGAAUGUCACAAACCUCGACUUUGAGCCUCUGGCGGCUGAACGGGGCCGAGACCUGGAGCAGAAGGCCUUUGGUGAUGUGCGCAUGAACUAUGUGGUCGCUGAUGCUACCCGCCUCGUUGAUGAGCCCAUCAUGAUCGGCUCUCAUGGCGGUGUUGCUGGGGAUAACGAACAAAAUGUGACCCCCGCAAAAUUCGACCUCGUCGUUGACAAGAGCACUGCGGAUGCCGUUGCAUGUGGCGGGGACUCGGCAAUCUUGAAACUUGCCCAGGGUAUCAAAGAGUGCCUGUCCAAGGACGGUGUAUGGAUCUCACUUAGCUUCUCAUCUGAGCGUUUCCAAGUUCCUGAGCUGCCUCUUCACGUCGAAGUCAUGGCCAAGGUUCCCACUCGCAAGUUGAAACCAACAGAUCCAGACGUAUACCAUUGGUGCUUCCUCUUGCGGCCAAUGUAG